CCAUUGAAAGAGAGAGGAACUCGGCUCCUCACUGCCCAAACCUAAACCCUAAACAGAUUCCUCCGACCACCAUCCAACGCCGGUGCCGUUCCGUUCACCUCUUUCAGUCGGAAGCCGCUGUCCGUUUGCUCCAUCAGCCUACUUCCUAUCUCUUCUCUUCCGGCUGAAGACCGAUCUGAUUGAAAUGUAUACAUCUACUGUUCCCUUGGUGACUCAAAAUGUUGACAACGUUGCAUUCAUAUCUUGAAACAAUCGGGGAGAAAAUGAGCUCCACCAUUCAGAGAACCCCUAAAUCAGGAGGAAGACAAUCAUUAUUCUUCCAUGAUUUAUCUUCGCCAGCUACUGCUCGAAGAGGAGGAAGCGGAAAAUUCUCAACUCCAGGUCAGGCGGCAGCAGUUUCCGCCUUAUGGCGUGAAAAUUUCGCUAGUUCAGAUCUCCCCCCUCCGCCAGUCUUCACCCUGGAAGACCGUGCCGACUUGUCUCCUGAAUUCGGACUUCCUGACUUUCCAACUUCUCCGGAAAUCAAAUCAGACCCAAGAAGCCCAGGAGGAAGGGAUUUCUCCACCCCAAGAACAAGCAGAUUAGAUGCUGGCUCUUCAUAUUCUUUCAAGAGCUCCCCGCCUACCCACCACCAGCCUCCGCCACCGCCGCCGCAACAGAGUCCAUUGGCAAGUUUGAGUUGGUGGUCACCAGGGCAGGGUGCAGGGAGUGUUGAUCAAGAAGAUAAGGGGAAGGGCUCUCCUGUUGAUGGUGUUGUUCAGUCUGGUGCCUUAAUCACACUCCCCCCUUUGAGAGAAGUGGCUAGGCCUGAAAUGCAACGAAAUUCACUACCCAUUGGUGGGAAUAAUGAAGAAGAAUGGGUCACUGUUUAUGGGUUCUUACCAGGAGAUACAAAUUUAGUACUGAGGGAGUUUGAAAAAUGCGGUGUGAUCCUAAAACACGUGCUUGGUCCACGGUCUUCUAACUGGAUGAAUAUUCUUUAUCAGAGUCGUGCAGAUGCUCAGAAAGCGCUAAGUAGGAAUGGGUUGCAGAUUAACAGUGUUUUAAUAGUGGGAGUGAAGGCAGUUGACCCUAGCCAACGUAAAUUUCUAAAUGAGAGGAUGAACAAUAAUAAUCAAGGUUUCAUGCCUUUGCCUCCUCCUCCAUCAUUUGGAAACGGAAGCGCAAUUAAGUCAUCUUCUCGGGUGAAUUAUGUUCAAAAUGGAAGUGUUAGUAAUUCUGGUCAAUCAGGAAGCAACAUCAUUGCCACACCAGCUAAGUCGGUUGUGUCUAAAGUUAUGGACUUGAUGUUUGGGAUCUAGCCUCAUUCAUAGCUUUUCAAAAGGAGAACUGAAUUUGUAUGAAUUUGAGAAAACAUCAUUACAUCACUAGUUUUUCAAAUUGUUGUAAGGGGUUUUGAUGCUGCUUGUUUUGUAAAAGAAAUAGGGAAGAGUAACUAAAUUCAUAUCAUUUCAUCUAUAAUUUUUUUUUAAUGAUUUUAUUAGUUUUUAA